AUGACGGAACAGUUGCGCUUUGACGACCAGGUCGUCGUCGUUACCGGCGCAGGUGGUGGUCUGGGCAAGGCAUAUGCUACCUUUUUCGGCUCGAGGGGAGCAAAGGUUGUCGUCAACGACCUCGGCGGUUCAUUCAAGGGCGAGGGAAACUCGACAAAGGCUGCAGAUGUAGUCGUCGAAGAAAUCAAAAAGGCCGGCGGCCAGGCUGUCGCCAACUAUGACAGCGUCGAAAACGGCGAAAAGAUUAUCGAGACCGCCAUUCAAAACUACGGCCGAAUCGAUGUAUUGAUCAACAAUGCCGGAAUCCUCCGCGAUAUCAGCUUCAAGAACAUGUCAGAUGCCGACUGGGAUCUGAUCAUGAAGGUGCACGUCAAGGGUGCUUACAAGUGCGCCCGCGCCGCCUGGCCAUACUUCCGCAAGCAAAAGUACGGUCGUGUCAUCAACACGGCAUCGGCGGCCGGUCUCUUUGGCAGCUUUGGUCAGUGCAACUACUCGGCCGCCAAGCUGGCGCAAGUCGGCUUCACAGAGACCCUGGCCAAGGAGGGCGCAAAGUACAACAUCAUUUCCAACGUCAUUGCCCCCAUUGCCGCCAGCCGCAUGACCGAGACCGUCAUGCCGCCCGAUGUCUUGCAAGCCUUGAAGCCCGAGUGGGUAGUUCCUCUCGUGGCUGUCCUGGUCCACAAGAGCAACACGACCGAAAACGGAUCCAUCUGGGAGGUUGGUGGUGGACACAUUGCCAAGCUCAGGUGGGAGAGAUCCAGCGGUCUUUUGCUCAAGGCCGACGAAAGCUACACUGCCAGCGCUGUCCUGAAGCAAUGGAACAAGGUGACGGACUUUUCAAACCCUCAGUACCCCUCGGGACCCAAUGAUUUCAUGACCCUCCUCGAGGAAUCCAUGAAGAUGGGUCCCAGUGAGCAGGGCGACAAGGUUGACUUCAAGGGCCGCGUGGCCCUGAUCACUGGUGCCGGAGCUGGCAUCGGUCGCGCUUACGCUCUGGCAUUUGCCAAGGCUGGUGCUUCUAUUGUUGUCAACGACUUGGUCAACCCCGACAAUGUCGUCGAGGAGAUCAAGAAGCUCGGUGGCAAGGCCGUCGGAGUCAAGGCUUCAGCAGAGGAAGGCGAGACAGUCGUAAAGGGUGCCAUGGAUGCUUUUGGCCGCAUUGAUAUCAUUAUCAACAAUGCCGGUAUCCUCCGCGACAAGGCCUUUACCAACAUGGAUGACAGCCUCUGGGACCCCGUCCUCAACGUUCACCUUCGCGGUACAUACAAGGUCACCAAGGCAGCAUGGCCUAUCUUGCUGAAGCAAAAGUUUGGUCGCAUUGUCAACACAACUUCCACCAGUGGUAUCUACGGUAACUUUGGUCAGGCCAACUAUGCCGCAGCUAAAUGUGGUAUCCUUGGUUUCUCUAGAGCACUCGCUCUCGAGGGUGCCAAGUACAACAUCUACGUCAACACCAUUGCACCCAACGCUGGUACUGCCAUGACGGCCACCAUUAUGCCCGAGGAAAUGGUCCAGGCCUUCAAGCCCGACUACAUUGCUCCUCUUGUGCUGGCUUUGUCGGCUGAAAAGGGACCUAAGAACCCCACUGGAGGUCUGUACGAAGUUGGCAGUGGCUGGGCUGGCCAGACAAGGUGGCAGCGAACAGGCGGUGCUGGUUUCCCUGUUGACAAGCCCUUGACCCCCGAGGCUGUUCUCCAGCAGUGGGAGAAGAUCAUCAACUUUGAAGACGGCCGGGCAGACCACCCUGAGAAGCCACAGGAUGCUGUCCAAAAGGUCAUGGAGAACUUGCAGAACACGAGCGGGGCCGGCAAGAAGUCCAAGCCCUCGUCUGCGCCCGCCCCAUCUGAUGGCGGUAAAUACCUAAAGGCCAUUGCCGAUGCGAAAUCCAAGGAGUCUCCGGAGACUGUAUUUACCUACACGGAGAGAGAUUCCAUGCUUUACAACCUGGGAGUCGGCGCCAAGAGAACCGAUCUUGCUUACAUUUUCGAGGGACACGAGGAUUUCCAAGUCCUCCCGACUUUUGGCGUCAUUCCUCAGUUUGACGUCAACACACCAUUUAGCAUGGAUGAGGUUGUGCCCAACUUUAACCCCAUGAUGCUCCUCCACGGCGAGCAGUACCUUGAGAUCAAGAAGUACCCGAUCCCGACGUCGGCCACCACCAAGAACUAUUCCAAGCUCAUCGAGGUCGUGGACAAGGGCUCAGCCGCCAUCCUCAAGAGCGGCGUCUCGACCGUCAAUGCCGAGACGGGCGAGGAGAUUUUCUACAAUGAGGCGACCGUCUUCCUGCGCGGCUGCGGCGGCUUUGGCGGCCCCAACAAGCCCGAGGACCGCGGCGCCGCCACCGCCAUCAACGUCCCGCCCAAGCGCAUGCCCGAUGUGAUUGUCGAGGAAAAGACCACCGAGGAGCAGGCCGCCGUUUACCGUCUCAGCGGCGACUACAACCCCCUCCACGUUGACCCCAACUUUGCCAAGAUGGGUGGCUUCAAGCGCCCCAUUCUCCACGGCCUCUGCUUCAUGGGUAUCGCCGGCAAGGCCGUCUACGAAAAGUUUGGCCCCUACAAGAACAUCAAGGUCCGCUUUGCCGGUACCGUUUUGCCGGGCGAGACUCUGGUUACCGAAAUGUGGAAGGAGGGUAAGAAGGUCAUUUUCCAGACAAAGGUCAAGGAGACGGGCAAGCCUGCCAUCUCGGGCGCUGCCGCUGAGCUGGUUUGA